GACUGAAAGCCCAUUCGCAGUUUCUCACCCUUUCUCUCUCUAUUUCUUGUACCUCCUCCAAUCCUUCAUCUUGAAUUCGAUUUUCAUUUCUAAAUGAUGCGAAUUUGCUCUAUUUCACUCCAUUUCUAACAUUGAGAAGCAAUAAGCCAAUGUGAAUUGAUCGAGGUUUCUUGAUUCGGGUCAAUCCGCGAUUCUUCUCUAAGAAACAUUAGUAUCUGUGUUUCUUCUUGCAAAUGACAGGCUUUUGAGCAUUGGGAUUGAUUCACUCUCAGCUAACGCCCGAUUGGAAAGUGGAAAUUGAUGGAGAAGACUGAAGGAGGUGAGAUUCCCGCCAAAAAACUCGCGAGACAGCUUGAUUUCACCGCACCUGGUCCGUCGGCUCAAUCCCAGUUGCUGCGGCCACAGCCUCUAGCAGUGAAUCAGAUGCAGCCGCCGAUUCAGAACCAGAUACCUUAUCGUUCCGUAAAGCCAGAGUCUCCAAGAACACGACAAAGAGCGAAUUCUGAUUCGAAAGAUGCCACUCCAAAGAAGCAAAAGCAAUGUAACUGCAAACAUUCGAAAUGCUUGAAGCUGUAUUGUGAAUGCUUUGCAUCUGGAAUCUAUUGCGAUGGUUGCAACUGUACCAAUUGCUUCAACAAUGUCGAAAACGAGCCUGCAAGGAGAGAAGCAGUUGAAACAACCUUAGAACGGAAUCCAAAUGCUUUCAGACCAAAAAUUGCUAGUAGUCCACAUGGUGUUGUUAAAGAUAAUAAUAGUAGUAACAGGGAAGAAGCUCGAGAUGUGAUGAUGACGGUGGGAAAACACAACAAGGGAUGUCACUGCAAGAAAUCUGGAUGUCUAAAAAAAUAUUGUGAAUGUUUUCAAGCAAACAUUCUCUGUUCUGAUAAUUGCAAAUGUAUGGAUUGUAAAAAUUUUGAAGGGAGCGAAGAAAGACAAGCUCUCUUCGGUGGAGACCAUUCUAACAGUGCCAUGUACCUUCAGCAGGCAACAAAUGCCGCUAUAAGUAAUGCUCUCGGUUCUUCAUCUGGAUAUGGAUCGUCUCAAUUAACAAGGAAAAGAAAAGCCCAAGAAUUCUUUAUUGACACCAAAGAUUCGUCUUUUCAAAAGGUUCCACAUUUCCAACACGCCAAUCAUGUGAAAUCCUCUUCAAACGCACCUACCUUGUCUAACACCGCUUAUGCCCGGGCUGGAAAUGCUGCUUCAAAUUCAAAAGUUACUUACAGGUCUCUCUUAGCUGAUAUAAUUCAACCUGAGGAUUUGAGGGAGCUUUGCUCGGUUUUAGUGGUACAUUCAGCCGAAGCUGCAAAUACAUUGUCAACAGGAUCGAAUGAGAAGACUGAAGCAGAGGAGCAGGAAAGUGGGAACAUUGCUGAGAAAAACAAUUCUGAUGCAGAAAAAGGAAGGCCUGCAUCUCCUGGAACUUUAGCACUAAUGUGCGACGAGCAAGACUCGGUUUUUGUUAUUCCUGCUGCUUCUUCUUCUUCCCCUAAAGAGGCCAGACAUUGCCAUAACCACCCUGGCUCUUCAAAGUUGGAUAAUGGGCAAGACAAGUCAAACGUAUUAUACGCUGAGCAAGAAAGAAUUGUUUUGACAAAGUUUAGAGAUUGUCUAAACAAACUUAUUAACUUGAGUGAAAUAAAAGAGGCGGAAUUUUCUUCAUUGGUGAGAACUGGAUUGGGAGCAAUGAUUAGCAAUGGGAUGACUGGCGUUUCGGAAAAGGGGGAUUUAAAAGUGAAGGGUCAUUCAUAGUUGAAGUGUGAAAGACUGUAGAUCAUUAAGAUUAUUAACCCAUGCAAUAGGUUAUACAAUUUUUUAGUUUAAACUGGUUUGUUGUUGUUGAUGUUUAGUUUGAUAGACUGACUAGACUAGCCUCAUUUGAUGGAUGAACACUCAUUUUUGUAACCUGAAAUGGGUAUUAUUUAUUAUUGUUGUUUUUUUUGGUAGAAACAAUAGAUUUAUUUUUUUCUUCUCAAAAGAAACUGGCCACUAUUAUUAUCAUCAUAUAUAAAACUGAUAUCUUUCUUUUCUUAUUA